AUGGCUACCACGGAAGUGGGUGAGUGGAUUUACAGCUGAAUUCUUCCUAAAUUAUCCCUCUAGAUUGACAGAGUUUAACAUUUAGAGCAUCUAAAAGCUAAUGUUUUGAGUAAUUUCACAUGUUUAGCUGUUGAAGCAGCGUUUGCCGUUUUAAGCAUGUUAGGAGCUUUCUUUGGAGCUAACAACGAGCUAACCUUAGCCUCUGCAGCAGCUGCAACAAUGAUGCUCUAACUAACAAAUAAACUGAUGUUUCACAGUUCCUGGACUGGGGUUUUUUAUGUAUGAUAUGAGGAUACAUUACUCUUUGCUAAUUGCUAUUAGGGGGUACAACUUAAUAAAAGAACUGCCGGCAAUUCGUAUUUUCAACACAGUAAUAAGGCUCCUCCAAGAAUCAUCCUCAACAGCAGUGCUUAUUUUUGCAAAAUAUCCCUUAGUGGCUUUAUCUAGAAAAAGAUAUUCAUCAAGGUUGUGUUACUACACUCUGUAUAAACAGUACAGCUCUGAGGUUUCCCUGUUUCUGUCUCUUAGAGCGCAGACGAGGCCAGCUUGCUGCUUUGGCUAUAGCAGCUGUGGUCAUCGUCUUAGGAGUCCCCCUGUGGUGGAAAACCACAGAGACAUACCGUGCCUGGUUGCCAGUCAGUCACAUAAAGGAGUUGGAUAUAUUGCAGGUUUGUAUUUCUUCUUAUCAUUACCAUUACUUCUUAUAAUUACCAUUACGGACUGCUGUGGGGUGACGCAGCUCAAGGAAGAACAUUUAUGAUCAUUUCUUUAUCAUUUCCUUUAAGUAAUAAUCACCAUAUGAAUCAUUUUGUACUGCAGACACAGUAGUUCUUCUGCCUUAGUGUCUCGGUCUGAUUGCAUUUCCAUGAAGAAAUGAUCAUAAAUGUUCUUCCUUGAGCUGUGUCACCCCUCAGUCCCUUUAAUGGACUGGCCCGAGGUCUCGCAACAAACAAGUGGCUGCUGGAAGAGAGUAGGUGAGUUUUGUUUAGCCUCUUUGCUAAAGAAAUUAGGCAAAGCUAAAAAGAUGUUUGGCGGCUAGUGCUAUGACUGGGACCCUAAAUGUACUGUUGAAGUCCCACUGUUUUAGUUGAGGUUUGUUGAUGGCUCCUCAGACCGCUGUGUAUUGCUAUCCUGCGGUCGUUAUGAAAGUCGGAAUAACUGGAGAAGCAAGCGGUCGGCAACAUUCAUCUCUCGACGGGGUGUCUAACUCGGUGUUAUGGUGUAUUUGACCCUAAAUUAAUUAUAUGCUGGAAUAUCCCUUUAAUCCUCGUUCUAUCGUCCACACUAUCCACAGUGUGUAAUGUCUUUUAAAAGGUGUCCCUUUUUUAAUUCUUUCUAAUGUAGCUGCAGCUGAGUGCGGAUGUGGAGGUCGUGUUCGCACGUGGAACUGUGACUCCUGAACAGCAGAAGAAGGUCCCACUGACACUUACACAGGAUGAUGAACACAUAAUAGAUGGUAAUUUACCAAUGUUUUCUGUCCAUCUGUCAUGUUUAAAGGUUAUGUUUAAACGUUGAGGUAAAUUCUGUGUCAAAUUCUUCUUCUUUUUUAGAGAGCACAUCUUUGAGGUACAGAUAUGAGACUAAAUAUCGCACAGCCACAAUCAUGGAAGAGGAUGCAUUGAACCAGCCCACAGCUGCAGGUGAAAUGACACGUCUUCAGAUGGUAACAUUUCGUUUUAACAAGACAGUAGAAAGUAGUUUUUCUCAAUCUCUCUUGUUCUUUUUCUUCAGAGGCAGAUCUGUCUCUGCACACCCUCAGUGAGAGUCCUUGUGGUUCUCUAGUUGUGUAUGUGAUCCCAGAGACAUCUUCACUUCUGCCUCAGGUUCAAACACGUUUAUUCUUAUUUGUCUUUUGUUAAAACUUGUAUCCAAUUUCGCGUCUUUAGAAAGAGUGAAAAUUACUCUUUUGAAUCAGCUAAUGGACAUCUUUGAGGUCGAGUAGCAUCUCCACUAAGAGGAAGAUAAUCCUAAAAAACAUCAAAAGUUCUGAAUACCAUCAUACUGCAUAAUAAAUAUAGUGCACAAUCAAACUGAAUAAUUGUGGGGUUUUUGCAUCUCUAAUUAGGAGAAGAUAACACAAUACUCUGUACCUUUCUGUCUGUCAGGAUGAUGAAGUAUAUAUUGGUCAGCGGCGCACGGCCUUGCUGCGCAUCAGUGCUCAAACAAAAGUGGGCAGGACACUGGAGCAAUUGCUAACUUACCUGGAGCCACGGAUGAAGCAGAUCCUUCAGGUGAUGUCUUUCAGCCACAAUGACAUCACCGCUGCCCUCAGUGACCGAGUCCGCCUCAGCCCUGGCAACAAAGAGAGCAUCCCAGACAAUAUGAGAGCCUUUAAAUCCAGUCCAGGUCAGUGUUUGUUUCAGCACAGACAUAAAAUGAAUCAACGUCUGUUUUAGUGUGUACUUAUUUACAUCUUCUCCUCAGGUUAUGAGAUAACUUUCAGCCUGCUGAACCCCGACCCACACUCACACCGGCUGCAGUGGGACAUAGAGGGUGCAGUGGAGACCUACAUCCAACCUUUGCUGACAAAACUGGCCCCUUUGGCCAAUUUCAGCAUUGACUCACAGGUACCUGGUCUGCAAUGUUUACUUACAACUAACGCCACAACGGCAUGAUUCCCAGAUGUGUGUAUAAAAUGUGUUCUUCUCAUAGAUGUUGUACUACACCAUGCUGGGUGUCAACCCUCGCUUUGACGGCAGCCGCGGCACUUACACGAUCAAUUCUGACAGCCUUGCACAUGUCAUCAACCCUGUGGAGGCUAGACUCGGUAAAAAAAAAGAGUCAUGCUUUGAUAUUUUAAAUGUCAGCCUGCAGUAGGAACAUAGUUUUCAGGCAGAUUUAAUCUAAAUAAAUAUACUGGUUUAUUUUCCCUUUUUACAGGCUCAAAUGCUGCGUCUUCCAACCCGGUGUUGAAUUUUCUUCUGUAUGUGCCGGAUGCUGCUCAUUCCCCACUUCACAUUCUUGACCGCCAAAAACAAGAAGUGACCUCUAAUGCGUUUCACUCCCCACGGUGGGGUGGAAUAAUGGUAAGAUAAUUUCAUUGCAACACUGUGCAGCAGCAGUCUAAAUAUUCUGAAUGGUUAUGGUUAAAAGUGAAUAUUUUACACAACAAUUUAUGUCUUGGCAAUGCAGUGUUUACUCGUUUAGGAUUAGAUUAAAAAAAAUGUCCUUUUUCCAUUUUUAUUUAGGUUUAUAAUGUCAAUGGUUUCUAUGAACCAGAAGCAGCAUUACCUGUUGACAUCAACAUCAACAUGGCCAAAGUCAUGGGAGUGUUCCUUGCACAACUCCGGUAAGUUGACACCUUUAGUGAAAAGUAUUUCUUGUUGCCAGCAGAUGAGCUAAUUUUCCUGUUCACAACCUGACAGGCUGCUGCUGGGUGUACAGUCGUCCUCCCCUCCUCCUGGCUUCCUGAUGGCCCCGUGUGGCAGUGUGGGACUUGCUGAUUGGGAGCUGGACCGUCUCAUGUGGAGUCGCAGUGUUGAAAACGUUGCAACGGCAACCACCACUAUCACCUCAUUGGCACAGCUGCUGGACCAGAUAGGCAACAUUGUUAUUAAUGACAACAUUGCCAAACAGGUGGGAUACUCCAAGAGCUGAUAUGAUGUACUGCUCUUACUAGUUGUGUGCACAGAUGAGUAUGUACCACAAAGGAGCAUGUUCUCAUCCUGUCUCACCAAAUCUUUCAUUUUAUUCCUUAAACAUUUGGAUGCCAAAUAUUAAAAAACUGAGAUACCAGGGUGUCAAAUUUGAAAGUUCUCUGGGGAUGCUAAACUGACUAUGUAGAGAUUUUAUAAAGUUCAUCUAAUCUGUCCAGGAAUCACCCAAUUAGCAUGAUCGAUUAUGAGUAUCUCUUAUCUGUAACUGAGCAUGUGUCGUUGACAUCACGCAGGUAUCAAGCGCCGUCACUUCCCUGCAGCUGGCUGUGGCUGAGUUGGAGGCAGGGAACCUGGGAUUUGCCCUGCAGUACAGUAAAGAGGCCAUCUUAGCGUCCGAGAGAGCCUUUUUCGACCCCUCUCUCCUCCACCUCCUCUACUUUCCUGAUGACCAGAAGUUUGCCAUCUACAUCCCACUCUUCCUACCAAUGUGCGUGCCGAUCCUGCUGUCUCUGCUGAAAAUUGUGUCCGAGGCAAGAAAGAAACGCAGAGAGAAGUUUGCAAAGAAGGACUGA